AACCAUUUUGUCUAUCAAGUAAAAACGACGCAGAGGGAACUAAAGAUAGGAGGGGGAAUGUAAAGGUACGGGAACAGGGAUGAAUCGAAACAAGAUUGUAAGAAACUUUAUUUCCUCCACCGUUUGCUUUCGUUGCUGUAGCGACACCUGGCUCAAAGAGCAAUAAAAAGUAACGUUUUCCACAAUGCCGUGGAAAGACUAGCUGCCUAAGAGUUAUUCCUCAAAGGCCGCCUAAAUUCUAGCUUGGAUGUGCAGAGUGGCGAGAAAAGUGACGAACGGAGAAAGCUAGAAUUAAAACAUAUUUUAGCGAGGUUGUCUGGCUGUAAAUAAACCGCUAAUUCAGUUGUUUAAACCAAUUUAUUAAACAUUUUAAUAUAAUUAUGAGCGAGCUCUCGGACUCCACGCAGCAGUCUGUAGCGGGAAAGAGAAGCGCAUCCCCUGAUCCAGGUCGCGCGUCCCCGCCGUCCAAGGCUGCGAGAGCGGCCGUGGGUUCCGGGGCCCUAGUGCCUGGCCGUCAUGAUGUGAAGAACAGUGACACUGCAGGGAGAACAGAGACGAAGGAAUCAGGGAAAAGCCCAACACACGGCGAGAAUGGAAGUGCGCCCAUUACAACAAGGAACACUACAGCACUCCCGGAAAGCGGGGACGCGUAUCCAAGCACGAGUAGCAGUAGUGGCGUCGGGCCCUGCACUAGUAGCAGCAGCAGCGGGGACGCGCACCCGCAAACGUUAAGUGAAGCAGGAAACGGGAGUGCAGGAGUCAGGGCGCCCUGCCACUCUCCUCCGCCGGAGCAAUCUGAUUGGGCAGCGAUUGCAGCCGCUGAGGCGCUUGCUAGUCUGACUCGAGUAGGUGAAGAUGAGCGUACGGAACAGGCCCAUACCUCCAGACAAGCCGGGUUUAGAAAGAAAAACCUUAGAAAGAGCAGUAAAAGAGGCUCUCCUGUGGCCAGGGAGCAGAGCCCAACUGCUGGGAAGAGUCUGCUUGCACAGGCAGCAGCUGCAGACAGUUCUACCUCCUCCCCUGAGGGUGGCGCUGUGGACAGUGCUGACAGGCAGAGACUUGGGCUGCUGCUGGGCAGAGAGGAGGAGGAGGAGGAGGGAGAUGGAUUCUUGUCUGGCUUCUCCUCCUCCCAGUCCUCAUCAUUUCCAUCAGAGGAGGAAGCGGAGGACGCGGAGUGCGCCAUCGUGUCGGUGAAAAUGGCGGCAGAGACUCGGCAGUCGGUGGCUUCGCUGGCUCAGGUGCAGGUGCGGCUGGAGGCGCUGGAGAGGAAAUCUGCCCGCCUACACCAGCGCCUGGAACUCAAGUUGUCACAGCAACGGCGCCCCCAUCUGGAGCAGCGCAGCGCGAUCAUCCGUACCAUCCCUGGGUUCUGGGUCACCGCUCUGUUGAAUCAUCCCCUGCUUUCUGCACACAUCGAUGAGAGCGAUGAAGAGGCUCUCAGCUCCAUGAGCCAUCUAGAGGUGGAGUCCCUGAAGAACACGAGGAUGGGCUACAGGAUCUCCUUCCAUUUCAACUGUAACUCGUACUUCCAGAACGCCACCAUCUUCAAGGAGUUCCACCUCGGUCUCGGGGGGUCCAUGGCUUCCUUCUCCAGCCCCAUCCUGUGGCAUCGGGGGCAGGACCUCACCUCCCAGGGGGCUUCUGGGAAGGAGAGUGGCAGCUUCUUCUGCUGGUUCAGUGACCACAGCGAGCCAGGGCACGACCAGAUAGCCCAGAUUCUAAAGGAGGACUUGUACAGAAAUCCUCUGAGGUAUUACCUCACACCACUGUGGGAGCCACGCGAGAACGGCAGUGGACACAGGGGAAUGGAUCACAGCUCGGGAAACGAGUGUGUGGUGAUCUCGGACUCUGAGGAAGAUGAGGAUGAGGGCGGGGCCCGCAGGGACGAGGAAGAAGACGCAGACACAGGGUCAGGUGACAGCGAGGACGGCGAGCAGCACGACGACGACUCCUCUGACAGAGAGGAGGAGGAGGAGGAGGACGAGGAGGAAGAGCUGGACGUGGAGGAGCUGGACGAAGAGCAAGAGUCCAGCAGCCCCGAGGUCAAAGGGCAAGAGGAGGAGGAGGAGGAGGAGGAGGGCGGGGCCGGGGGUGGAGCCCAGCACUGAACAUCUGAAUAUGUUAAUGAGGAUCGCCAAUAAGCCAUUUUAAGCACUCGUGCUCUCAGAGCCCUCCUCCUUCCCCCUCCUCCCCUGCCCCCCCCCCCCCCCCCCCGAGAGAUGGGCCUUCCUCCGCCCCUCCGACUGUAAAACCAUUCCAGCAGUACCCAGAAUGCUGUGCAUUAAACAGCGCUGUAACGACAAGCCAUUCAGCCCUUCCCCGCGAAACACGCCUGUUCAUAAAGAACAGUAGCGCUGACGAUAUCCUAAAGCAGCCCUCUGCUCUCCUCUGUAAGGUCCUGUGUUUGCCCUGGUCACAUGGGGACUCUGCUACUCUGCUGGCCAAUUAGGUGCUUUUCAUGUUUUAGGGUAGGGGUCCCCAGUCUUAUCCAGAAAGGGCAAGUGUGGGUGCACACACCUGAUUCUACUAAUCAAUCACUAGAGUCAUUGCUAAGCACCUUGAUUAGUAGAAUUCAGGAUCAGGUGUGUGCACCCACACUGGCCCUUUCUGGAUAAGACUGGGGACCCCAGCUCUAAAACAUGAAAAGCACCUAAUUAAGAAAAAUUAACAGCUUGUUAAAAUUUUGGGAUUGCGGUUGAGGUUGAAAUGAAAACCAGCACACAGUGGUCCCCCAGGACCGAGUUUGAGAACCUCUGGUCUAAAGCGUGCAUACUGGCUGACAGCACUGGCAUUCAGUUAUAUGUAAAUAUAUUUUUGAAUAUAUUUGAAGGGUUGUUUUUAGGAAAGGCAUUUUUGGUGACAGUCGAUAGUGGUAAUGCACAUAUGUGCCCAACCACUCGUUAUAUUCACUUGCAUACGCACGCACACACACACACACACACACCUCACACUGCAAAAAACCAACUGUCUGUCUUAACAAGCGUGUCUCGUAAUCAGACUUAAAAUGUUUCUCUCAAGUAGAACAUAACAGCCCGCUUUAAGUUACUGUUUGCUGUAAGUUAAUGUUCUUACCCCUUUGGCAAAUCUUGAAAUGAGCCAAACUGUGUCACCUGAUUGGCAAUGUUUUUUGUCUAAUUUAGCCAAAAAAAGUAACAGAAUUAAGAUUUUAAGUCUAAAUUCUAAGAUCUCAAAUACUUCAUUAGAUUGACUUUUGGUUUUUUGCUGUACGCUCUCACCCGUGUAUGUCUACACCACUCACGCUCGUGAAGGUAGGAUGGUGCUUUCAGGUUUCGAUUUCUGGCCAUCGGUCUUAUUCAGGCAUGCUUGUUCUGGUAUCCUAUUGGUUGCGGGCUUGUCUGAGGUCACAUGAUCAGUGCUUUGAGGUCAGGUCCGCGCAGGUCAGCAGUGAAGGCGGGAGGCUCUUAUCUUGGUUCAGUGUUAAGAGGCCACUGCUGUCCGUACAGCUGCACCACGUCCGUGAUCCACAUAAACAAGGCAAAUAGCAGCUGAGAGCAGUGCUUUAAACCUCCAUUUGUAAAUACUUCCUUUAUUACGGCUCCUAUAUUCAGGGUUAUUUGUAAAACUCGUGUAGUCCUUAUUUAAUCCAACCUACUCACUUUGGACCAGCCCAGUUCAGGAGUAAUUAAAAUGGCCGACCCCAGCCGUGGUCGAGUAGUGAAAGUAUUCAGUGCGCUGGACAGUACAUCUAUCGCUUGUUUACUGGAGCCCGUUUAGUACAGAAGUCUGGAAGACGUUGUGGUUCAGUCCUGACGUGAACUUGUGGCUUAGUCCAGACGUGUUGGCGUUUUUUGAAGUUUUAGUUUCAGUCUUUCGUUUUGGAGAGGUAAAGAAAAGGAAUUUUUUUUUUUAUUGCUUAUGUAACAGGUUGUACGUUUGCCGAUAUUAGUGAAAGUGGAGUUAUGGUGACGUUUAAGGUGAUUAAGGUUAUUUAUUGUGGGAAACGGGCCUCGGUGUUUGUGGUUACUGCCCCUCUAACAUCCUGCUGUUUCAAUGACAUCACACUUUUUUAGAUUGUAAAUAUUGAUUUUCAUGGUUUUCUCACUUGGAAAACAGUUGGGCUUUGUAAUCUUUGCAUUUACAAUAAUAAUAAUAAUAAUAAUAAUAAUAAUACCAUUCCUUUCCAUAGUUUGGAGUUUGAAAUUGGUAAAAGCAAAAAAGGUAUUUUGUGUGCUGAAUUUACUUUGAAUGGACAGUUUUAUAACAUAGAUAGUUUUUAGUAACAGAUGGAAAUAAUGUACAACAGCUACUGUUCUGUAUUUUUUUCUAAUAAAGACAGAUUUGGAACCUA